ACCAUAAUAAAGCAUGAACUAGUCCACACUCGCUAGUCUACCGAUUCAAAGCCCCCGCCAGCCGGAAAAAUGGAACCGUUACCCGGCAAACCUCUCCUCCUCCGCUUCCUCACCUUCCUCUCCCUCCUCCUUCUCAUACACGGCGGUAGACUCAACCUCGACCCUUCAGACCUUCAAGCCCUCAUCACCGUCCAAACCCAACUCGGCUUCCACACUCGAAACAAAGCCAAACCUACCAACCCAUGCAACACUCCCGGCGUCUUCUGCGAGAGAAGACUCUCCAACAACAACACCUACGUCCUCAAAAUCACUAGGCUCGUCUUCAAGUCCCACCUCCUCUCCGGCUCUCUUUCUCCGGCGAUCGGACGUCUAACGGAGCUCAAGGAGCUCUCUCUUUCCGACAACAGCCUCGUUGACCGAGUCCCGUCCCAAAUCGUUGACUGCAAGAAGCUCGAGAUCCUCGACCUCGGAAACAACCAGUUCUCGGGUGAGGUUCCUUCUCAGCUGUCUUCUCUAAUCAGGUUGAGGAUACUAGACCUCUCCUCCAACAAGUUCUCCGGCAACUUGAGCUUCUUGAAGCACUUUCCCAACUUGGAAAGUCUCUCCAUUGCCGACAAUCUCUUCACCGGGAAGAUCCCAGCUUCGGUUCGUUCUUUUCGCAAUCUUAGGUACUUCAACUUCGCCGGAAAUGAGUUCCUUGAAGGCUCGGCGCCUAAGUUGAAACGUGUGGAGGUUGAGGUUCCGAGACGUUUCAUAUUUGCUGAAACUUCAAACUCCACCACGGCAGCGAAGAUCAACAAUAGUAACUCCAUCGCUGCUGGACCUAACGGCGCUCCAGCGCCAAGUCCGGCUGCAACGCCGACAAAUAAGAACAAGAAGAGCAAGAAGAAGAAGAUUGGAGGCUGGCUGCUGGGGUUCUUUGCAGGAGCGCUGGCUGGGAGUAUAUCCGGGUUCAUCUUCUCUCUGCUGUUCAAGCUGCUCUUGGCUGUGGUGAGAGGUGGAGGCAGGGAAUCUGGUCCAGCCAUUUUCAGUUCUCUGAUCAAAAGGAAAGAGGACUUGGCUUUUCUGGAGAAAGAAGACGGGCUUGAUUCGUUGGAGCUCAUUGGAAGAGGAGGAUGUGGAGAAGUUUACAGAGCUGAGAUGCCAGGAAGCAACGGGAAGAUAAUAGCUAUUAAGAAGAUCAUUCAGCCUCCUAAGGACGCCAAUGAGAUGGCCGAAGAAGAGAGCAAGCAGAUGCACAAGAAGAUGCGUCAAAUUCGGUCGGAGAUCAACACCGUGGGACAAAUUCGACACCGGAAUCUGCUUCCUCUGUUGGCACAUGUGCCUAGGCCGGACUGUCAUCUGCUGGUGUACGAGUACAUGAAGAAUGGGAGCUUACAGGACAUUCUGAAAGAUGUUUCUGAAGGGAAAAGGGAGCUGGAUUGGCCAGCAAGGCACAGAAUUGCACUAGGAAUCGCUUCAGGGCUUGAAUAUCUCCAUAUCAACCAUUCACCUCACAUCAUUCACAGGGAUCUCAAGCCGGCAAACGUCCUGCUUGAUGAUGAUAUGGAAGCUCGAAUUGCAGAUUUUGGACUUGCGAAAGCAAUGCCUGACUACCAGACGCAUAUCACGGCUUCAAAUGUGGCGGGAACAGUGGGUUAUAUUGCACCGGAGUAUCAUCAGACACUCAAGUUCACAGAAAAGUGUGAUAUAUACAGCUUUGGGGUGUUGCUUGGGGUAUUGAUUAUAGGAAAGCUUCCCUCUGAUGAUUUUUUCCAGAGCACCAGUGAGAUGAGUCUGGUUAAGUGGAUGAAAAAUGUGCUGACUUCAGAGGAUCCUAAGCAAGCAAUCGACCCAACAUUGAUGGGAAAUGGAUUUGAGGAGCAAAUGCUCUUGGUUCUAAAGAUAGCAUGCUUUUGCACAGUGGAUAACCCAAAGGAGAGGCCUAAUAGUAAGGAUGUUAGGUGCAUGUUGGAUCAAAUCAAGCACUAAGUAUCAGCAUAGCAGCAUAGAUGUAUGAAAUGAAUGGAAAAUUCUGCUGGAUGGAUUAUGUCUAAUAUGUAUCAUCCAGGUAGUUGUGUAAUGUCAUACAGCCUGUUGAAUAAGAAAAUAUU